UUAGCUAUUAGAAUCAUACGGUAACAUUGUUGUGUGAAUUUUCCGGUAAAGUCGUAAUACAAAGUCAACAGGUUUGUAAAUAUAUUAAAUAGUUAAUAUUACAUAUAAUUUCUGUUCGCGUUUUUAGUUUCGUGAUUUAGUACAAUCACAAAUAUUUGAGCACUCAUCUUCAAUAAUACGUUUAGAAAUAGUAUAAAUUUACAUUUCCCCCAAUAAACGAAAAGUAAGUUGUGUUUACUCACGGGUCCCCGAAAUGAUUUUUUUUAUUUAAAUAUAAGCAAUCUUUUGUUUAAUAUCAAGUGAUUUUUUUUUACAUCAAGUUUCAGUUUUAAAAGUGGGGUACUGAGUUUUGAUCAAGGGUUUGUUACUUAAUUUGAUUUUAAAAGAAGGUCUUCCAGUUUAUACUGUUGAUUCAUAAUUAGGUUGAAGUGAAUAUUUUCAUAGUUUUUCUUUCACUGAUAAAACUGCAUAUUUCUCCGAAAAGCAGGGAAGAAAUCACAAUUUCUGAUGUUGGUUUAGUUUCUUCAGUUAUGCCGUUGAUACAUGAUAACGUGAACAUUAAAAUAGUUCAAUCAGGGAUAUAGCAAUGAUAUGCAGCCCAUGACUUUAAUUUAACUUUCAUUUCAGUUAUAAUAUUUGAACUUGAGGGUAAAAACGGCUUUAAAUAAAACAUGAAACUCCGAUAGCCGUUUUGAUUAAAUAUUUUGGAAUUCCGCACUUGAAUAUCCUGUAUGUAAUUACAAGGUAACGUAAAGCGAAAGUAGAUAGAAAAUGGAGUUUAAAAGGUUUAUUAUUCCUUCAUCGUUCUAUCCGCGUUACUUCUAUUUUCACCAACGCCUACGUAGAUUUGUUCCAAAAUUUCAGGAAAUUGUCGAAAAGAAUGAUUUCGCAAAAUGUACAUUGUUUGGCCCAAAACACAUGGAAGACAUCUUGAAAGCGUUUGAUCAGUUUAAUGAAAAAGUUGAAGUAUUUGUCGGGAGGGACGAUGCAAUUAAUGAGGAGAUGUUCACGUGGAAGGAGCUGAUUGUUGAAGACAAUUCUAUGGAUGACGGAGCUGUUCGUGAAUCCGUUAGGCCUCGGUGGUCUGGUGCAAGUUGUUUCUCCCGGAUAUGCGUGGUUCUUGUCAACAAUACCACUAUCGAGAAAUGGCAGGACUCAUUUUGCGGGGAAAAGGGUCUUAUUUUCUACAAUACAGACGACAGUCGUUAUAUGACAGAGGAUACAAAGUUGAACAAACUAAUUCAGGCAGAACUGGAAACAAGAGUGAUCUCAUUAUUUGAAAGUGUGUAUUCUUUCAUCAAUAAACUGAUCCCAAGAGGCUGUAAGGAGUUCAGCGAUUUGACUCAGCAAACGAGUUCCAUUGACAAAUCAAAACCAGUAAAAAGAGCUAUUCACGAAGUUGUGAGAGAACAUGCAAAAAAAGAGCCGGAAAAGAAAGAUAAAUCUGCUUUCAUCUUCGCUAUAAAAACAGUCGUCCUAAAAAAGACACGCGCAACAUUUUGCGAAGGCCUUUCAAGAGCAUGCUGCCUACCACAGUCUGUCAUACUAGAUUUUCAGGGAGUCAAUUUUUUUGACGUCGAAAAGAAAAUCAUGGAACUUGAAGUACAUAAUUUAAUAGAUGUUACGAGCUCCGAUGAAAGAAAAUUAAUGAAGAUUGGGAUGGAGCUUGUUAGCUUUAUUGUUCAAGGUUUGCAAGAUAUCGAACACAAAUUCGUCAAGUUCAUGAAGGAACAAAUUGUUUCCAUCUCCAUGUUGUCAAGGAAACAAUUUGAGCUUACUGGAUUCCUCCGGUCAACGAAUGUACAGAUUGACGUCCUACUCCCUACCAUACUGAAAAUACCACGUGAACUACAAUAUAAACUUUUGCAGAAUCACCCAGAUGUCACUGGUUGUGGUCACAGACAUGGCAAGUUUGUGAUCGACGUGAAGAAGGCUCUUGCUGAAAAGGAUAAGGAGAGCAUUAGACGUGCAAUGAAAGAAAAGAAUUUCAAUUUUGAUUUUGAAUCCGAAGUAAUCAGAUACGUAAAGCAUUCAGGGUUUUGGGCAGAACAGGGAAAAACAAUAAGAGCGCAAAAGACCCAUGAUGAUCCGCUUUCUUUCAAGCUUGGAAGUUUAGGCUGUUUUAUGAAAAAGGAAAUUGAUUCGCAGGAUCGUCUGCUUGGUAUAACAUGUGGACAUUGUGUAUCAGGCUGCGAUGAAUCUGUUGAUGUUUAUAUUGACCAUGGAAAACAAUUCAGACCGCUUGGGAAAGUUCAGUACAAUUCAGCUCAAAAUUGUCAUGAAGAUGAAUUUUUAGAUAUUGCAACUAUAGAAAUAACGCUAAACAAGAAAUAUGUGAAAACAGAGUUAAAAAGAUCGGACGGAAGAGAUGCCAAGACUUGGGAUGUUUUUAACGGAGAACUGCCAGUUGGACUUGAUGUUUAUAAGCACACUUGCCAAAAGAAAUACGACGGGAAUAAAGAAUCCUCGGGAAUUACUUUAGGAAGAAUCAUAUCGUUAGACUACAUUGAUAAGUCUGUGAUGGAAGUAUGUAAUGAGAUUGAAGGCAAAUGCAAAACAAUCUAUGAAUUACCUGGGCCAUACGUCGUUCACAUUCAAUCAACCAUGGAUGAGCCGUUUUCGGUAAACGGUGACAGUGGUGCCGUUAUUUGCGCGGAUGAUAUGAACAGCGUUCAAAAUGUUCAUGUUAUUGCACUUCUAACUGGAGCGGUCGAGAGGCGUAUAUCCACCAACGGACCACUCCAGUACAUUUUCUCCAAAGGAAGCGUGUUUCAUGAAUUACUAAACAUCGUCAAAAUACGAGAAAACAUCCAGCUUUUACCUGCCUGUGUAAAACCAAACGCGGGAGGUUCAGCAGCUGCGCCGGUGUCAGAAACGACAACUACACCUGCCGUGGACAAGAGAAUCAUUUAAGACAAACUUGUACCGCUUCUCAAGAGAUUGUAAAGAACAAUGUGUAUUUAUUUCGUCAAGUUUAAUGAAAUUCUAGUGGGAUAUAAAUAGAGGAUACAUUGUUUGUUUCAGUGUAAGUCCGUUCCAUACUUCACCGAAUGGGCAUCCAAAAGCUAUAUUUACGAGUGGCGUUUAGUUUAAACUUAUACUACUUUACAACGAUUGUGAAACAAGUUAUUACAACAUUAUAUCAACCACUCUCGAUGGCACGAUUUUAAGCGACGGUGUGGUCUUGUGUGGUGAGGGAAAGCAGGAUGAUCGGAGGAAACACACUUGUCCGGUUUGGUGGCCACAAACCAACCGUACAAGCCUAGUAGCCUAGGUGAGAAGCGACUGCGCUAUUUACCACUGCGCUUACCGGAGGCAACUUUUUGAUUUGCGUUUGAAACAGUGAAUUGUUAUUUUUAUUGCACUGAUGAAUCUCUGUAAAUCACCGGAAAGCAAGUGUCAACAUAUUUGUGUCAACCGAACAACAGCAACACCAUUUGUUAAUGGCUUCAGGGAAAAAUCACCUUAGCAAAUUGAAUUAUUGCAAACUUUUCAAACGGUUUUAUACAGUACACUGCACAUAAUUUUAAUAUUCGACUUUUUCCGUUCUAGUUUAAUGGUUUAAAAUUUUGGUUUUUAAACUUAAAUUCAGUAUAUAGUAAAAUAGUUAUAUGCUAAGUGUUUAAGGUAUUCGACCAUCACUCUGUUGAUAUCGUGUGACCCCAUAGUAUUUUGGUAUAAUUUGGGUUUUAUACGUAGGGAAAUAAUGUGUAAAACUAUUACCAAAACGAUGCAGAACUUAUGUGUUAGUGUUUUUUUAAACUCUCAUACUUGAGCUGUACAGCAAUGUAUCAUAAACUAGUAAACUCUGUGGUAAACAAGAGGUCUCGAUUUUUCAUUAGUCGUAAGUAUAACUCAUAAUGUGUAAAAAAAAAAUCAAUGUUUGUUAUUUAAUAAUAAUAAUAAUAAUAAUAAUAAUAAUAAGUGUAUUAAUAAAAUUAAAAUAAUAACAACAAUAACAACAACAACAACAAUUAUUAUUAUAAAACAAAUAUUGAUUCUUGUCAUUUUAUCUCAAUAUCGAGAGUUCAUUACUGAUAUUGCCGUCCUCUUUCUGUGAUUUAGGUCAUAAACUGUGAACAUAUCAAGUUAUUGAGCCACUUUCGAGUGCUAUGAUACUUUAUAAAGACAGCGAUUCUGUGAUAUAGUUAUGUAAAUUAGUAAUGUUAAGUUUAUGAAUUACAGUUAUAUAAAAUAACUUUUCAGAUGUGUGUUUUUUUUAAAUUACAUUUUCUAAUACCUGAAUGCAAACUCUUGUGUUAAGUAACGCCCUACUGCUCUGUAAUACUGAUACUUAUGUCAAGGCGAUAUUCCUCUGUGUGUUAAUUAUUUUUUAACUGCAUUAAAUGGUGUAAGCUAUUAACUAUGAUAGAUACCCUAAACACUGCUACAAAAUGUUAAAAUCGCUAGAUGACGCCGGGCGAAAUUUUUGGUCAUCCAAUAUUAAAUCUUUUUUAUUCACGGUUUUGGAUACAUUUCGAUUGCUCAAGAUGUAGGAAAUAUGGAUCUAUUUAUAUAUAUAUUUAGACAACGGAUAAUUGACUGUUUCGACCAAAACUGGCAUGAUGUUAGUGAUUCCUCAAGGUGUCAUCAUUAUAAACAUUACAAAACAUUAUGAAAUACAGAAAGGUACCUACAUCUGGAAAUUCCAUUAAAAUAUAAGAUUGCUUUUGCUAGAGUUCGCUGUUCAAACCAUAAACUAAACAUGGAACUCGGUAGAUAUAUAAAUACUCCACAAGAUGAGAGACUUUGUAUAUAUUGUCUGAAUCAAAAUUUGACAGUUAUUGAUUGUGAAUAUCAUGCAUUCUUUCAAUGUCCUAAAUUCGAUAUUAUUCUUAGACAAUAUCUUGUAAUUGGUAUUCAUCUGGUAAUAAUUUUAAUGAUUUCUACUCUUUAAUGUCUACUGAAACUGAUAAUACAAUAUUGAAGUUAACAAUCUAUGUAUACCAUCUAUUAUAUAUAGCUUUAUUUCCCCCAUUUUCUGGGGAUGUACAUGGUAUAUGGUAAUACAUACACAAGAAUAAAUAUUUACAAACAGAAUACCAAUUUGAUAGUACUUGAAUAAAAUGAAUUGAAUUGAAUUGAAAUCAGCAUUUUUCAUUUCUCGUUUGUUGCAUGCUUUAAUUAUAUCAUUUAAUAAUUCAAAUCAGUGUGAUUGCCCUUAAACAGUUUUAUUUAUAAUUGCUCAUGGUCCGCAUACACAAAAUAAAAAAGUGUUUUGUUCCAAUGCUGACAUAUUUUAUCAAUAAAAAAUACGUGAAUCAACUUCAUACUUAAUACUUAUACAAUCAGCUUAGAAUGAUAUACUUUGUACACAUAAUUGCCAAUUUAAAAUUAUAGCAUAUGUACAUUCUUACUUUUAUAUGUUGGUUAACAAAUAAAUGGAAUACAAGUUUAAA